AUGGAAAGUCCUGGGGACCACCGCCUCUGUCCCGAGAGCGGUUUGGAGCGCGCCCAGAGCCCAGGACGCUUUUUGCCGUUCCUCUCUGCUCGUUUACAAGCAGAGUGCUCUGCAGUUGGCUGCUGGUCCAGAGCCUUGUUUCUGUUUUGCAGGACAGAGAGGGAUGCUUCAAACUGGUCCACGGAUAAGCUGAAAACACUGUUCCUGGCAGUGCGGGUGCAGAAUGAGGAAGGCAAGUGUGAGGUGACAGAAGUGAACAAGCUUGAUGGAGAGGCGUCCAUUAACAAUCGCAAAGGCAAACUUAUCUUCUUUUAUGAGUGGAGCAUCAAACUGAACUGGACAGGUACCUCUAAGUCUGGAGUGCAGUACAAGGGACAUGUGGAGAUCCCCAAUUUGUCUGAUGAAAACAGCGUGGAUGAAGUAGAGAUUAGUGUGAGCCUUGCCAAAGAUGAGCCUGACACAAAUCUCGUGGCCUUAAUGAAAGAAGAAGGGGUGAAACUUCUCAGAGAAGCAAUGGGAAUUUACAUCAGCACCCUCAAAACAGAGUUCACACAGGGCAUGAUCUUGCCCACGCUGAAUGGAGAGUCAGUAGCCCCAGCUGGUCAGCCAGCACCGAAAACUGAUGAGCGCAAGGCUAAAUCUGCUCCUUCAAAAACCCAGACCAGACCUGUUGGUGUCAAAAUCCCCACUUGUAAGAUCACCCUGCGAGACACCUUCCUGACGUCCCCAGAGGAGCUCUACAGAGUGCUCACCACCCAGGAGCUGGUGCAGGCCUUUACCCAUGCUCCUGCGACGCUAGAAGCAGACAAAGGUGGGAAGUUUCACCUGGUAGAUGGCAAUGUCACUGGGGAAUUCACUGAUCUGGGCACUUUGCCACCAUCACGUUGACCUUCAAUGAUAAGAAUGGAGAGACUGAACUGUGCAUGGAAGGCCGAGGUAUCCCUGCUCCCGAGGAGGAGAGGACACGGCAGGGCUGGCAGCGCUACUACUUCGAGGGCAUCAAACAGACCUUUGGCUAUGGUGCACGCUUAUUUUAGAGCCAGCAGCGGGAGCUCCAGCCUGCCCGUCACUUCAGUCCAGCCCUCUCCUGACUGAGGCUUGACUCACAGGAUUGCACCAUCCCAACCACUAACUUGGGGCCGGGGCCCUUUCCCUUGCGUAUACCUUGGGUUUGUGCAUGUUUUCUGCUGGGAGGGAUCAGAGGGCAAUUUCUCUUUUAUGUGUACAUAUGCUAAAUAAACAUAAUUUAAAAAAUGUG